GUGAACAUUGCAGAGUUCUCGAGUGCUGGGGGAUUCCUAGAAUAAACAAUUCCGUCAGACCCUACUAUAGGGUGCGGAGCCUGAUUGCUUCGAUGAAUUUAGCUAGGCAAAAUUUUUCUGUUCGUUUGGAAAGCUUUUACCGUUUUGCUGAAAUAUAACCUCUUAUUUAAGUCUGCGUAUGCGAACUGAACCACAGACUGUCGAAGGAUUUCCCAGUUUCCAAAGAUGCAGCAUAUUUCCCUUGGAGUGCUGUCUACGUUCUCCCGAAGCAGGACCCUAUCUACCCCGGCUUGAAGUUGGGAAAGUCUGGAAGUCUGGAACCCAGAGCCCCCACGUCCUCCAAAUAGAUAUCCCAAACAUUUACCAUCCCAAUGGAUCGCCAGGGCCUUGAUGUAAUCCUUCUGACUCCUCACUGGCUGCUGGAAUAAGUCCAUUCAAAAUUACUGAGGACUGUCAAGGUUUUGCUGGCACCAAGGCAUGCCAGCUGGAUAGCCCUCUAAAGGCAUUACUUAUGCUUGAAUUUUCUACAUCAAAUUACUCUUACCCUUGGAGUGGAAUAGGAUUUACUCUGUGGCAUCUUUAAUAUUAGAGAACCAAGCCCAUUUUUUUCAUUUAUUACAAUUGAAAGUUAAUUUUGUACAACUGAGCAUUUACAUAUUUCUUCAAGAAACCUUAAAAACCAUAGAACGGAAAAUAAAAUUGAACAUGACUCAUGGGGAAGAGCCUGGCUCUGAGACGCACCAGGAUUCUGUUGUUUUAACUUAUCUGGAAGGUUUACUAAUGCAUCCAGUGGCAGGGGGGCCAGGGGCCACGGCAACAAGGAGAUCUGAGGCGGGACAUAGCAACCAAGAGCAGAGCAACAAGGCCGUGAGAGCCUACCAGCAGCCAAGUCAUGGCAUUAAACAGGAAGACAGGCAUGCACUUCCCAGUGGAGCCACACAGCACCUUAGAAAGGCCAGGCUGCUUCGUUCUGAAGGCUGGAAUGAGCCUGAGAGCCGGAGGGGGCCUGCACCUGCCGGGAAUCUCAACGGGCAAAGUAGAGAUCGCCACACCGAAGCCCUAGACGGCUCACCUCAGGCUGAGAGUACCAUGCUGGCAUCCCUGCUCCAGUCAUUCAGCUCCCGACUGCAGAGUGUGGCGAUGUCGCAGCAGACUGCGCCGAAUGUGAAGGAGCAGGAUGCCCAGGUCAAAGAGAGUACCCGUGCUGGCAAGGAGGAUCUCCGAUGCUAUGAGACUGCUUCCAGUCGCCUGAAGGGCUUGAUGAAGAAGAGCAAACUGCAGAACCAUAACAGUGUGCCUUACCACCGGCGGUCCAGCCAGGAGAGACUCUCAGAGUCCCCCCACGCGAUGCCGAGCACCGCCCAGCCAGCCACCUCCGAUUCCUGUGCAGCACGACUGAAAGCCGUGGCCAAUCUGGUGAAGAUCAGGUCUAGCCCGACUCCGUCUCCAAAACCUAGUGUGGCUUGUAGUCAGCUGGCCCUGCUGCUCUCCAGUGAAGCUCAUCUGCAGCAGUAUUCCCGAGAGCAGGCCUUAAAAGCACAAUUAUCUGCCCGAUCUGCCAGUGAGAGGCUGGCAGCUAUAGCCACACAGAAAACACAGGAUAAGAAGCUGCCCAACAUAGGCCAGCCUCAGAUGGCCCCAGACAUGUUAAGCUCCUUAAAUGCCCAAAAGGGAACACUCCGGCCACCGGCAUUAGACACUAGUAAACAGAGCCCAACCCUCAUUCCAGGACAGAGCAGGGCGGUCAGCUCCCCACGGACUCCGCAUCCUUACAAGGAAAAACGGCCCUUUGACAAACAUAAUACACGACCCUCUCAGAACUGCAGCAGCUUGCUCUUGCUCCUUUUGAACCACCACAAUCCACAGAAGCCCAUCAACGGCAGUGGUCACCUGGAUGAAGACUACGGUGUCUUCCCCAGCCGUGGAUCACCCCUGCUGUCUGACAGUGAGUACUCCAACCAUGAGAACAGCCUCAACAAAGACAGCAGUGAUGUCGAAAGCUCAUACUCAAGCUGCUCUCCAAUUGACCUCUCUGUGAAGAGUCGGAUCCGUGGCUCGGUGCCAGUGUCCUCCUCUACAUCUCUGGACAAACUUACAGAGUCCCUGAUAAAUAAGUGGAAGCCAGAGACUCCAGGGUCGCAGGUCAUUGAGUCCAGACAGCUCAAAAACAGCCCAGACUUAAAAUCCCAUCAUGAGGUCACCCUCAUGCAGUUGCUUCUGGAUCACAAAAAUAAUGAGAAGGUAAACAAAACUGCAGAUAAUCCAGAUUUACAGCAUGACAUAACCACUAAACCCAACAGCGCACCUGCAGGUCAACUGACCCCAACUGCUGUGUGUAAGGAAACUAGGACACAGAGUCCUCCAGUUGGGCUCACUGAUAUGAGUCCUCAUCCCUUGCCUACAUCAUCCCAUGGACGGGACAUAAAUGGUACUGCAUCUCCAUACAGUUUGUAUUCCUCUGCUCAUAUCCAGUCUAGCCCCCUGGAUUUGUGCAAAUCAAAGUCCUGCUCAGGUGAUAACAUUCAUGAGCCGGCUUUUAGCGCCAGUAAACUACUACAGAAUUUAGCACAAUGUGGAUUACCAAUCACAUCUCCUUCCCCUUCACCAAAAGCCCUAAUGUCUCCUACCAAAAGACAUAGCCUUGAAUUUCAGGUGGAAAAGCCCAUGACGUUGCUGGAGAGACUCACUGCUCCAAUACAACGGGACAGGACCCCAGUUUUAGAGGGAUCCCAUGUCAACUGCAUUCCAUUUGUGUCUGAGUCACCACCUCCUGCAUCAGAGAUUGAGAAUCUUCUGGAGAGGCGCACAGUUCUGCAGCUUCUUUUGGGGACUCCCACAAAUAAGGAGAAAGCCAGUGCCAAGCAGAAUGAAACAGCAACUAAGGGCUCUUUCGAAAAGCAAGUCGACAAAUCACUGGUCUAUGAUACUCCCAGUGGACCCUUGUUGGACAUUAAGAUCAAGACUGAACCCAGAGAGGAGGGUCAUCUAUCCAACAGUUAUGAAGAGGCGGAACGAUGUCAAAUAGAAGAAAGGGGAUGUGAAAGACUCAGACCUGUGUCUCUUCCCUUGAGAGAUGUAAAAGCAGAACCCCCUUCAACAGAAGGCAUCCCCAAAGAUGGUCUCCUCAGCCAGCUUUUAAAGCAGCGGCCAAGGACCUUCCAAGCUGACACGCGGAUGGAUAUACAUGCCAGUAACAUGAAGGAAGAGUGGGGGGAGUACCAAGGCCCAUCUGUUCCAAAAAAGAGAAAGCUCUGCAUGGGACUGGAGGAUCACUUGAUUAGUGAGCCUUAUCUACGAACAGUGGACAGACCUACUCAUCAGGAUGUCACUCAUAGUUUUUCAAUCCCUUGGACACCGGAACAAAGGAAGCCGUUGAGCCCUGCAGAGGCCCAUGCUCCUAUCAGGUGUCCCCAGAGCACAUCUCCUCCACAAGAUGGGCGGGGUUUCAAUGUUCUGAAGCAGCUUCUCCUCUCUGACAACUGUCUAAAGGAUCUCUCUCAUCCAAGAACCUCCACUAGCCCUUCCACCAUGCAGGCUAACUACAGGGCCAAUGGUAAUGUCACAAACAAACCAGGUUACAAUCAUGACGUCAUCAACUCUCAUUGGAACCCUGAUCCUCUGGGAGUUGGCCCUGCUGAAUUCAGAACAGUGACCACAGCCUUGGCAAGCACCAGCAUGCCAGGGUCACCCUGGGGUUCCCACAUAGCACGUCAGGAGUCUCCAAAACUGAAUCUCAUUCCUGUCAAGAGAGAGACUGAGGGGCCCAUCCGGUGGUUGAUCAGUGGUGAGGAGAAACAGGACUCCUGCUCUGACUCUCCACGUCUGACUAAGUCCAACCCCAUACUGUACUACAUGCUCCAGAAAGGUUAUUCUCACCUACGAAAAGAGGUCAGAGAGCGGGGCGACGCAGAGCUUUGUGGGAUGAAGGUGAAAGAGGAGCCGAUGGCUGACAGGGGGGAUGUUGACCACAGAUUGAGCUGGACACAUCACUCCCCACUGCAGGACAAGUCACACGGCCAUGUUACCGAGCGACUAAACGGGUCUCUGGAAAAAUGACAGUUUUGGUAAAUAUGAAGACAAGGAAAGGGAACGCCAUUUCCAGACUGUUUCAUCCUUUGCAGUUUGUGUAUGUUUUUAUCAAGUUUACUGAUUUUAUUACUUUGUGUUUUGUUUUCAAAGAAGUAACUAGUUUAGGCAAGGAGAUUGUGAAAACAUGUUCUGACUUGUUCACAAAACAUUGGGAACCCAAAGUGUAUUUUGUAUAAAAAAAUGGUUUACCUUUGUACAUAAUCUGUUAAUAUUUCUCUGGCUUACGUCUUAUCUUUAAACAAGGUUAAGUUUGUCCGAACUGAAACUGUACAAAAUCUUAAUGCUUUUGAGGAUUUAAAAAAAUUAGUUCCCCAGAUUUGGUGAGCAUCACCUACACUUUACACCUCCACGUGUUACUUCAACUGCUUCAUGCUGCCACAUCAAUUAAAUCAUUCCAGUAAUGUUUGAAAAUAAGGUAGAUGGGUACUGUGAGUGCAUGUUAGUCUCUUAGCUUUUCAGAUUUUGUCUAAUACAGUUAUUGGGGGUGGUUUGAACUUAUUCCAUAAAGGCAGUUCUAAAAUCAUCAUACUUUGUAUUUCAUGUUUUCCCAUUAACAAUCUGAGAGACAUACUCAGUAGUCUAUACAUGCAGUGUGCAAAGCCAUUUCAAACUCUCUUGCAAGCCCUGUGGCAUUUGUUAAUUAACCCCUGCCAUAUACGGCCAAACAAUACAUGAUUUGAUUUGACCACCCAGUGAAACACUUUCACUGAAGGUACAGGUCAGGCAAUGGGAGGGACAGCAAAUCAUUAAUACCACAUCCAUAUGAGAGACCCGUUAACACUAUGCAUUGCGGAAUCACUGUGAAAAGGCCAACAAUUCGAGACAGUUAACCCUGACAAAAUAUGGAUGUAGUCUGCAUCUGUUUUUUCAAUACUUCAAUAAUGUCAACUGCCUGGAAAGAUCAUGCAUGGAUCAUUGAUUUCUCCUCACUGUCAUUGAAACCAGUGAACACCAUGUAGGGCAGGAAUGGGCAGUUCCAGUGGUAGAAGGGCAGCAGUGUCUGCAGACUUUCAAUCUCAUCAGUGGGUCCAGUGCAGAAUUCAAAUUUUUCCAAAGUCAGAAAACAUAUCACAAAGAGUAUAAUGGGAGGUUCAGUCCAGAGUUUGAGCUUUUGAAGUGUAAUUGAAGUGUAAUUUGACAAGCUCCAGACACCACUUCCCAGAGGUUGUAGUUGUUGUUCAUUUGCAAGCAUGAGUCAGUCUGUUGCAAACUGAAAACUGAAAAAGAUAAAUCUAAGAUCUGCAGGGUCCAGCAUUCAAGGAAUGGACUGCUUAAACAAGGUCAGGGAUACAAUCAGUGCCAAUGGCAAUCAAGGGACAACGUUGACCGUUUAUUAAUAUUAAUUCAGCAAUGUUUGAAUUAAGCAAUAUUAAAUACUGGUUUAACAGUCCCCUUGCACAUUACAUCACUCUUUAUUUAGUUUCUGAAUAACCUCUUGGUGUUGUAAGGUGUUUUUAUGGCAUGUUUUGAGAGAUCCUGUAUAUCAGUGUUGUGACCUUUUGCUUUCAAAAUGCAUUUAUUAUUUUGUUGGCUAUAUUGUGAAGAAUUGUUUUCCAAACACACAAUGACAUUUCUACAGUUUACAAAAUGACAUUUAAGACGGUGGAAGAGCUCAUUCACCAUCCAAUUUGAAUGCACCUUCAUUCGUGCUCAGAGUGUGGACACUUGGGCAAGUCUAUGGCAUUCAAACUCUAGCCUUUACCCUGAGAGCUCUUUCAGAUGUACUAACAGCAUAUGAAUGCACUUUCACUGGUGGUCAUAAUUCAGAUACUGUGACCAUUGUGAAACUAUACUGAAUCCAAUGCAUUUGAAUCCCAGUAGAGGGGUGGAUGUACAAAUGAAUUGUGUAGCAAAUGUAUUUUGAACUGGAAGUACUGUAGUCUGCACUUUGCAAGAUCAGUGAUAAAGGUGGAUUUGAGACUUUGUGAUAACUCUAUUGGGGAAAAGACAUGGUUGCUGAACACACUCCCACAGUUCCAUUUACAAUAAUACUAAUAUUGUACUGUUGAAUUAAAUUUUGUGCUACAAAUAAGUAAUUUCUAGAAUGCUUGUUAUAAGAAUACACUGGAUUAAUCUGUGAUAAAUAAUAGGUACAGUGGAAGGACAUUUGUAGUUAAUUGCACACUACUACACUAACUUUUACUUCCUGACAGUGGGGUUGUAAUGUGACCAUAGCAUGUGUAGAUGGCAUGCACAAUGCAUGUUUUGGCUGUGAUUCCUUUGUUUCUGAGCCUUGGCAAUCCUCCAACACAAUAAGCUUGUAGAAUGUUUGCCGUUCUGAGCUACAUAAUUGCAUGUUGGGAAAUGUAGUGCAAUACGGAACCUAUGCCCUGGGUUCAAUCGAAAUUUGUCCUUUGACAUGCUAAUAAUUGUAAAUGUUGUUCUUCACAAAUAUAGUUUGCCCAUUUUAACAAUCACCAAAAUGAAAUGAAAAGAUAUCUGAUCAAGAAAAUAACACUUGCACGUAUUUGCUCAUCAAAGGAAAAAAUGUUGAUUGAAUCUAGCAAAUGUAUAGCACAAUAUGAAACCCGAACAAAUUUAUCACAUUUUUUUCCCCAACUAAAUGGUACAUAAGAAGGUGUUAGGCUAGAAUUUGAAUGCCAUAUGUGAAAGGGCUCUUGAGGUACACUGUGCAUUAUGUAGAAGGAAACAUCUUGUUAUUGACCCUUUUAAGACAAUAUGAAAGGUAAUAUCUGUAUGUAAAGCAAAAUAAGGGCCUAGUCCAACAUUUUCAUUUGAUCCUCCUGUUAUUUAAAUGUUAUUGAAUAAUGUAGCCCCGAUCUGGUCCCCUUUGUAAAUGAGGGGGAAAAAAAGCCAUUGUUACAGUAUGAACAAGAGUACACUGGCAAAUAAAAAAUAAUUAAGUGGCAGAAUUUAGUAUGACCUUGACACCUGCAUUUGCCUGACAUGGUUCAUUAUAUUUUUUUUCCCAUUAACUCCAGAAACAGCAGGCCACAUGCAACAUCCAGUCACUUACAUUUUAAAGUCUUAAUCGUGACAUUGUUCUUUUUUCUAUAUUAUUUGUAAAUGUUCUUUAUAUUAAAUAAGGUUUAAAGAGUGGUUUUAAAAAUAAAAAAAGAUAAAUUAUAUAUAUAUAUAUAUAUUUGUGUAAAUAGUACUUUCCUUAUGAAAGAUAGCUAUUUUGUAUUGUUUAAGAAAAAGAUAAUGUACUAGUUUUCAAUUCCCUAAACCAAUAUAAAUUGUGUGAUAUGUACAUAACAUGACCGAGGAUGAAAUGCUCUUUUUUUUGCAUGUGUCUGUAUGUUGUAAGCUUAUGAUAAUCUUUGUUCGGCAACAUGUUGUGUUACGUCUAAUGCUCUACACUGCUGCCUGUUGCAUGCAGAUGCAUGGGAAGACCCUGUGUAUCAAUUCUGAAUGUGGGGAAAAAUGUAAAAGUCUUAACAUAGGUCUUUUUAUCACUGAGCGCUCAUUACUUAAAACAUGAACAGUUGCUAAAUUGGAUUUAUAGACUGAUGAGCAAAUAUUUAAACUCUGAAAGCAAACGUGCAUUGAACAUCUGUAUUUAUUAUUCUUUUUAUCAGCAUAAAAUGAGACUUACCAGUUUGUGUAUGGUACAUUCAGUGCAGUGAAAAUUCAGGAAGGAUGGGGGCAGCAUAGUGUGUUGUCAUCUGCAUUAGGCUUUAAAGACGGACAUCUGUGGCAAGAUCUAAUCUAGGGUCUAAUCUUUACAUGCAGCAACUUGAAACAUGUAUUUCUUUUUUUAUGUUUUUCAUUUUGAUGUUCACCUGCACAGAUUUUAAAUAAAGUACUAAAAAUGCACAGUUGAAUAAAUAUGAGUUGUCUCCUU